UAGUGGAAGAAGCCGUGGGGCUGUCCAGAAGGAACUACAAUAUAUGGCCACUGUCUGAUCGUCACUCCCACGCGGACGCACAGACAGACAGACAGACAGAGUUUUCUUUCUCCUUCCUCCUCCAUCUUUCACUCUUUGAUUUCACACCCAUGAAAACAUUUCCCAGCUGAAAAACUCGGGCUUUUCCGAAUUCUGCGUUAAAAUUUCAAAAAUCCAAUCUCUUUGGGUUUUCUGCUUUGUUUUUUAGUAUGGUUUUUCUCACUCUCUCUCCACCCAACAUGAAAGUUCGAAGAUUGUAAUUUUUGGAUAUUUUCAAUGAAAGCUCAUAUCUGGGUCUGAGAAGAUAUCCCACCUUUCUGUCUUCUUUUCAGGUUUCUGCAGAUUUCUCUGCUGUUUUUAUUUUGCCUCUUGACAUUCUCAAAGGUAGCAAGUAUCAAGGCUCUGAAAACCCCAUUUCAGAUCCCCACUAACCUUCUGGUUUUCAGUUCCCACAAUUCAAUCUCAACCAAAUUCGACUAACGUCAGUCUCUUUUGGUCUCUAAUCAGACUGUCCCAAUCUGAUAUCUGACCCAAAAACUCCGCUUUUGUUUCUAUAAACAAAACUCAGAUCAUCAAGUCUUCCAUUUUUCUAGACUUUGGUCGAAAGUAGGAACUUGGGGUCUCAAAAAAUGCAGGACCCUGCAACUUUUCAGCCCAUGAAACCCCAAUUUCCAGAGCAAGAGCAGCUGAAAUGUCCGCGCUGCGAGUCCUCCAACACCAAGUUUUGCUACUACAACAACUACAACCUCUCGCAGCCGCGCCACUUCUGCAAGAACUGCAAGCGGUACUGGACCAAAGGCGGCGCUCUGAGAAACAUCCCCGUCGGCGGUGGAAGCAGGAAGAACACGAAGAAAUCGUCGUCGUCAGCUUCGAAACGCUCCUCAUCGUCACUGUCGAGCUCAUCAGCAGCAGCAGCUCAAAACCCGGAUCCGCAGCCUGACCGGACCAGGGUCUGUGCCCCGAAAGUCGACCAAGACCGCGGGGUGAUGGAUAUCUCAGGGAGCUUCAGCUCACUCCUGGCUUCAAAUGGGCAAUUUGGAUCGCUUCUGGAGGGUCUGAAUCCAAAUGGGUCGGGUCUGAAACUGAUGCAAAUGGGUGAUUAUGGGGAGAACUUGGAUGGUGCGGGGAAUGGGUUGGAUUCGGAUCCGGGUCUGGGUUUGGAGGGCCAGGGCAAUGGAAAUCCGGAGAGCUAUGUGGGGUUGCAAAACGGUGAUUCUUCAACCUCGAGCUGUUGGAAUGGGGGCAAUGGGUGGCCUGACCUUGCGAUUUAUACACCAGGUUCGAGUUUUCAGUAGAUAUAUUAAAUAGAUGAUUAUGCUCUUAAUCUGCUUUUCUUAAUGAUAAAUUUGCUACUUGUGAUGAAAAGUGGAGCUGAAUUAUGACUCUAAAUAGGCUUAUUUACUAAGCUAAAAGCAGCUUCCCGAAAGCUUAUAAUUUUCUGAUGUCGUAGAGGGUUUGAGAAAAACAUCACAGAGCCAUACCAUUAGCAUUCGAAUGUGUAAUGGUUUCUAUUUUUCACUUUUGUGGGUGUGCGUGUGCGUGUGCGUGUGCGUGUUUUUUUUAUUUUAUUUUAUUUUAUUCAUAUGUAUCUGGAGCUUAUAGCCUCUAGUAUUAUUGAUUUUGCGGGUUUUUCGCGAGAUGGACUCAGAUUCUAGUGUGUAACCAAGCACGUAAUGAGAUAAAUUGGAGAGGGAGUUUGUUGUAUGCA